UGACACCCCCGGCUGUCGGCGAGUUCUUAUCAGUGCAUUUGCUCACCCAGCUUUCUGCAAGAUGGCUAAAAGCAGUGAAAGGAUGUUCGUGAAGAUAGCGAUCUCGGCAAAAAAGGAACUAGUGUGCGAGCUUGUUGGAAAAAAGCUGAAGAACCUAGACGCUUGUGAGAAGUGCAGGCUUUACAUGCAAACUUGGGUCACUCUAAGAUGCGAUCACAAGGUCUGUUAUGAAUGCUUCAAUGACUCCCCUAGUUACAUAUGCUCGAUAGACAAGAAAAGGACUACAAAAACUCGGGCCAGCACAGAGGGCUACGACAAGUUACGAAAUGCCGAAGUUUACUGUCCGGCGUGCCCCCAAAAAGAUACAUGCGGAAACUUACCAAAGCACAUUCGUUCGAAGCACCCGGAACUGUUGGAAAGUGCUGAUGAAUCGACAAAACCGCUACAGAUAGAAGUCAUGGCUCACAGUCCAAGGACACCACGAAGGUACGACACAAAAAGAGUAAAUCACCGUUGGCAAAACCCCUCGCAAACCCAUGAGAUACCUGCAACGACCGGAGAUUCACGUAUCCAGGAUGACGUUGACAUGGUGACUGAUGACGAGUCAUCGGACUCCAUUCCCCCAAUUGCUGAGGAAGCAUCGACUGAUACGGAGAUUGGAACCUGCACGCAUUGCAACACUCCAUUGGAAAUGAAUGAUAUUCCUGAGCACGAGGAAAAGUGUCCGGACCGUGUCGUCGAGUGUCCGCUUUCCAGUAAAAAAAUUGCACUCAGUGCUGUCCAAUGUCACAUAAGCACUGCCUGCCCUAGAAGAGAAGCACUACAGGCCAUGGAAACAUUAAGGAAACCGACGCCAAGAGACUACGUUGAUGACAAAAAAGAGAAGAAGGACAUAACGAAAGCUACAGUUGAUGUUCAAGAAAUGAAAGAUAAAUUAAAGGAACUGGAGCAACGGAUGACGGCGCUGGAGGAACCAUUAAAGCUGAUCAUUCGCAGGCUGUCUUGAACCAAUAGUAAAUUUGCCAGCUCAGUCUCGUUAUCUUUUUCUUCAGUGAUUUAACCCUAUUGAUGCUGAGAUUUAUACUUUCGCGCACAGGGGAAUGUGAUAAAUCAUGAAAAUAUUUUACAAAUAUAUUUUUGCUCAUGAAAU